UAAUUUUCUUGUUAAAUUCACAAAAAAAAAAAUAUUAAUAAUUUUUGAUAAUGUCAAGUGUAUAAAAUUCUAUCUAUGCAUCAAUUAAAAUAAAAAAUCUUUUUCUUAUAUAUUAAAUGAUAGGCUUGAUAUUCUGUGAUAGUGUGUGUAGAAAAGCAAGCAAAAUUCACAGCCUGUUUGGGUGGCUGCUGAAAUCUCCUUUAGACAAAAGAUGAAAGGCGUAUGUGUAAAUAGAGCAUAGAUAUUGGAAAAAUUCAUCAUUAUAAGAGCAACAGCAGAAAAUGUGUAUAAAACACUUAUAAAUGGUAAAUGUUUAUUUGAUGAGGGUUUUCAAUUGCAUUUUAUGCGCGCAUACAUAGGUGUGAGUGCAGAAUAACACAACAACAGCAACAACAACCACAGCCGUAAACUGUAAUAAACAUGGCAAGAAGAUAAGCACGUUAAUUUUACGUAAAAGAUUCACUGCCUUUAAAAAUGAAAAAAAAUAAUUUUUAAUUAACAAUAAUAUAAGAACGCUGUCAUGUAUGAAACAUUAACACAUUAUGUCAACAAAAACUUAUGAAAUUUCAGUCAAGAGAAAUGUAAUUUUUUCAUAACAUUUUAAAUUGCUUUGCCAAUUUGAAAAUAAAUCUUGACUUUUAAAAUAUCUAAAACAUCUCUGUUUAAAAUAAUUAAACACGUCCCUGUAUCAAUAUGAAGAUAAAAACAACUAUCUACAACUCCAACCAUACAUGCAAGAGAGAAAGAGAUAUCUAGUUUGCGUAAAGAAAAGAUUUUUAGAUUUUUGAUUUAGUAUUUCGAAAAUUAAACAAGAAAAUUUUCUUCCUCUUCGCAAAAUUACAAAAGCAACUGAAAUCUAAAUUAAUGUAUCUAAAUUUGACAUACCAAUACGUAUAAAAUUAAACACAAUAAAAUUGAAGAUGUCAGCCGGCUUAGAGAUUACAAUGAGAAAAACUAUGGUUGCAGCGGGUGUAAUCAAAGCAGCCACAAACGUUGCUUCUACCACUGUUUCAAACGACACAAAUAAGAACGAAAAAUGUAUUGUUGAGUCGCCCGCGAACGAUUGCGAUGCAUUUAUAAAUACGUCGUUGUGCGUUGAACAUCGUGUUACAGAAAGGGGUGACGCUCUAACGGAUAGUAAUGAAUUACAAAAGGAAGAUAUUAACAAAUUGUUAACACGGGAAGAAAUUUUAAAAAAUUCAUCGACCACAAUUACUUGUAAUUUACGAUCUCCGAUUACUCCAAAUCCGUUUGGGUUAAGCGUUUUGCAAAACGCUGCUGCAUCUUCGCCGCCACCUCACAGUUAUAGGCAUUCGCGCGCAUAUCGUCAUUUCAAGAAUCCUCCUCAACCGCAUAUGUGCAUACGCACGACAACUGAAUCAGGCGAAGAGUUAUUUAUAAACGUUCUGAGUUGGACUCGCAUUGUUAUACCACAGGAACCUAGUGAUCCUAUUCCUUUGUAUGGCGGUAUGCGAGUACCGCCUGGCAGUCCACGCAGUCCACCCGUUGUUUUUGCAGUAAUGGCCAAUCCAGAAGUUUUAAAAGAUUCUGGUCGGCAUAGCAAAGAUCCCGAAGAACGUCGCGCAAUGGUUGAACUUAUGUGCGAUUUUGUUGAGGCAAUGAACCCCGGUAUUAAGUUAGUGAGAAAUGCUAUUAUUCUGAAGGAUCGUGAUAUAUCUGGCGAAUUAAAGGAUGUUUGGAACGCGGUGCAAGCUCAAAGGGAUCGUGAACGUGAAGAACAAAUGCUGCAACAGCGACAACAGCAGCAACAACAUUAUCAUAAUAUGACAAAUGUGUCAAAUGGCGCGGUUUCCGCCACAACACAGCAACUAUUUCCGAAAUCUAUAUUAACAGCAGAAGGUACACCACCGAGAUCUCGCAAAAUUUUAGAUGAUUCGUCUAUUAAUGCAUCUGCGAAUGGUGCUGAGCAGAAUGUAUUUGUUGCAAAAUUAGACAAUAACGCUAGUACGACUAGCGUCGAGACAAAGACUGUAAAAGAUCGUAACUUUGAAAUGAAUAAUCCAUUAAUCGAGGAGAACAAACAAAAGACUGCAAUUAAAUCCUCAACAGACGAGGACGCUGUUAGGACCUCUUCAAUUCAAGAAAUGAAUCAAUUGAAUACAAACUUUAAUAAAGAUAAUACUAAAACAAGUGCCACAUAUGGGGUAAGUGGUAACAGUACAACAACGUCAACACAAUCUACAACAAACACAACAGUUAAUUGUAACGAUAGUUCUAUAAACUCAACGAUUAAUACUGUGUCCCAUACAUUGCCUGUCUCCUCCUCUAGUCCUGCUCCAUCAACAAAAAAAGACAAAUUAGGUGGAUUUUUGCCAAAUGGCUGCAUAUUCCCGCGAUUCAAAAACAACAAGCAUAAAGAUAAAGAUAAGGACAAAGAAAAAGAUGCAAAAUCCAAGGACAAAGAGAAGAAUGUUUUGUUAAAUGCUCUCAAAUCGAAUCGCAAAGAUAAAAAAUCAAAUAUCAUCAAUCAAGAGGAGAAGCAACCACAAUCACAGAUGGAUCAAUUGGAGCAGCAUGCCAUCACACAUCAUUCCGGCAACAAUGCGUUUAACAAAAGUUGCCUCAAUCAACUCGAAUGCGAAGUACAAAAAUUGGAUUUAAAUAAGCUGGAAACACAAACAAAAGCAAACGCUAGUGGUAGUGUUGGCGUACACUAGUGUCAAGUAUCUUGUUGUGAACGACUGACAGUUGCUGCAUUUUACACGUAUUACUAUAUACUCUUAUUCUUCCUUUGGCUGUCUUCAUAUAUCUUCCUGUUUCUUCAAGUACGCACUAUGUAAGUACUUAAGAGUUAGCAUAAUCCCAAAGCUCGUUAAGUUAUGCAUAUAUGCAUGCGUUUGGGUAAAAGUAUUUCAAAAUUAUUUCCUUUUUUCUCGAAAAUAAUGUACAUUUUCAAAUUAUUUAGCAAGAAAACUUAUUUUUAGGACAUAAUUUAUUUGCCAAACAAUUAUUACCUAUAGAAAUACUGUUAAGUACGGCGUUAAAUUUUCGAUUACUUGCACUUUUAACCGAAAACCAUGGAUGGUUGGAUACUUGUAUUGCAUUAGUUCAUUGGGAUUCGGCUGACAUAUGUAUAAAUGAACCAAAUCCAAUGAUAUUCAAUAUUCUGAUACCAAUGGCUCUACUGGUUAUUUCACAGAUGCGCCCAGUCAGUAUAUAUACAUAGAAAACAUUGGAUCAAACAGUUUGUCUGAUCCGUUAAGCAGAAAUGGUAAGCGCCUUGAAUCUGCUUACGUAUGAGAAAUAAAUUAGGUCGCCCGGAGUACGUACAUAAUGAUGUAAGAUACUAUUCGAGAUACAUUCCGAAAAGUCAAGCAUGAUUGACUUCUCGAAUUGACAUGAUAGUGUUCAUCAACUGCAUAACUGCGCGUAGAAGCAGAUAUCUCCGCAAACAUUUCAUAUGAUUCAGAGGGCCGCAAAUGUGCUUGCCCGAUCAGCCCGAUGUUAUUUGUAAGUGAAUGAAAGCUCGAUUUUAAUUCAUAUGCGUUGAAUGGAAAUCCGCCAUAUUCUCCCUAUUCUUUAUCGCUUCUAGGAUAUCAGAACGAAUGCCCCAAAGAAUCUGUACUUUUUAGCUUCGACGUGAAAAGUUGUCUAGAAUAAACUAUUUAUAGGCGUCGGGCGCAUUAUAAGCACAUAAGCAGCGGAAGAAAGAAUACACACAAACAUUCUUUUAAAUUUUUUCAGAGGUCAUUAAAGAUAAGACAUUUAAAGAUAUGUCACUACGUCAAUUUUUUUCUUUUUUAUUUCAAAAUUUCGUAACGAAUAAAAUUCAAUGUGUAUUUUGCUUUAUGAAUAUAUUCAUAGCUGGUUGUUCAAAUUUGUUUAAUGGUUAUAUAAUACGAUACAUCCCCCUUUCACUUGUAUCCUUCGCCACGUUAUGUACUACUUCUCCGAAGACUAUGAUAUUCGUUGAUUGAAUUGUGUACAGCAAAAUUUACAUGGAAACGUGGUAAAGUCUAUGUUGAGCAUCCUUAUUUUCA